AUGAUCUUUUCCGUCGGCCAACCAAUUGGACGUCAUGCGAGCAGUUGUGGUUACUGCUCUCCAUCCGGUGAACGAAGUAAAACCGAUUCGUCCCAUACAGCUGCAUCUCUCGUUGCGCUUCAGCUAUCUUCUGAAGUGUACCAAAUGAUGCUUAACCGAGGUUGGCGUCGCUCGGGAAGAUUUUGCUAUAAGCCGCAUCUACGAUCCUCCUGCUGUCCCCUUUAUACGAUCAAAUUAGAUGUUUUAUGUUUCAAAUCAUCCAAACAUCACAAGAAGCUCCAAAAAGGGAAAGAUAAUGCUAAAUUCAAUCUCAGAGCGUCUAUCCAUGCCUCUGAGUUUCACUCAGAUCAGAAUCAGCAUUUCGCGCAUAAGUUCGAGAUGACUCUCGAACCUUCAUCCUACACUGAUGAGAAAUACGAGCUAUUCAAGAAAUAUCAGACCGAGAUACACUUUGAUUCUACUUCUCCUAAAGGAUUCAGAAAUUUCUUGGUUGCAACGCCUGAAUCCCCUGAGCAGCAAGAGCCCAUCCAGUACUCGUCUCCUCCGACUAGUGAUCUUCCCACUCACUAUGGAUCUUAUCAUUGGUGUUAUCGCCUGGACGGCAAGCUCAUAGCUAUAUCCGUCAUCGAUAUACUUCCUGAAUGUGUUUCUAGCGUCUAUUUCAUGUAUGACAAGGACUAUGAAGCAUAUUCCCUGGGAAAGUUGAGCGCUUUGAAAGAAAAUGUUCUUGCACAGGAACUUUAUGCUGCUGGUGCCCCAUCUUUGAAAUAUCUUUAUCUAGGUUACUACGUUCACUCCUGCCAGAAAAUGAGGUACAAGGGCGAAUACCAGCCAAGUUUCCUCUGUGAUCCAGAAACCUUCGAAUGGUACCCAUUCGCCGAUUGUACAGCCCUUUUGGCGGAAUACCGAUACGCAUGUUUCUCUCGACCUGAACGUUCAUUGAGAGGAGAACCAGAUCAUGAACUAGAACAAGACUUCAAGGAGUCCCAUCCUCAGGAACCGGAGCAGGAUACUUUAGAACGUGUCUUCGUGAUCUCGGAGGUGGAUGGCCCUCAGAUAUCAGUAAUACCAGCCAAUCUUUAUUCUGAUCGGAAUUCUCCUUUUCACAAUCGCGAAUUAUUCUGCUGCAUAGAGGAGUUAGGAGUGGAUCUGGCUUCAAAAAUAUUUUUUCAGCUUUGA